CUCCGCUACCGCCUCCCUUGGCGCAGCGGUUCGUCUGAGCACGUGCGCUUCAGUUCCGCCAAUUCUGCUACUUCCGCUAGCAAAUUCGCCGGCUUCAAAAAGCACCUGUUCGACCAGCCGUCGUGCCGAAACUGCUGCGCAAACCCGGUGACUCGCUCGCAGCUCAGUUGAAACCAGUGAGAAGUGCCAACUCGAGAACCAGCAAGAAAAACAGGCCAGAAUGAAUGUGAUGAAGGAGGGCUGGUUUACGGAGAUCUGCAACAGCAGCGGUAAUCCAGUCCUCUCGGUGGAUGUCGAGGAGGUUUUGCACCAGGAGCGCUCCAACUUCCAGGAGAUCCUGGUCUUCAAGAGCAAGUCAUUUGGAAAGGUCUUGGUGCUGGACAAUGCAAUCCAGUGCACAGAGAGGGACGAGUUCUCCUACCAGGAGAUGAUCUCUUUCUUGCCCCUCAACUCCCACCCAGACCCCAAGGAUGUCCUAAUCAUCGGCGGUGGCGACGGCGGUGUCGCCAGGGAGGUGGUCAAGCAUCCCAGUGUGGUGUCCGUCACCCAGUGCGAGAUUGACGAGAAAGUGGUGGAGGUGUCCAAGAAGUACCUGCCCUUCAUGGCCGAGGGCUUCAACAGUCCAAAGCUGGAGCUCCACAUCGGGGAUGGCCUGCAGUUCAUCAAGGACACCCCACGCAAGUUUGACGUCGUCAUCACGGACUCCUCGGACCCCGUGGGUCCUGCAGUGGCCCUGUUCCAGAAGCAGUACUACGAGGGCCUGAAGCGGGUUUUGAAGCCGGGCGGCAUCCUCUGCUCGCAGGGAGAGUCUAUGUGGUUUGACCUGAAGCUAAUCCGGGAGAUGGUGGAGAUGUGCCGUGGCCUGUUUGCGGUGGUAGACUACGCCUCCAUCUACACCCCGACCUACCCAAGCGGCCAGAUCGGCUUCCUCCUGUGCUCCUCCUCACCCGACACAGACUUCCACCAGCCGAUCCACAAGUUCACGGAGCAGCAGCUCAAGGACAUGAAGGUUCGCUACUACAGCCCCGAGGUGCACCAGGCUGCCCUGGCACUGCCCAGGUUUGUCAAGCAGACACUUUACGAAUAGUAUGGAAACAACACCGGUGUGCAUUGUUGGGAUCUGCAAGUCAAGCUCUGGAGAAGCCCGUCUCAAAAUCAAAGUGCAUUUUUCUACUUGCUGACUUUUUAAACCGAGCAGCGAUUAAAGGCAACACCUUUUUUUCAUCUAGUGUUUGUCAGAAAUAAAGAGCUCUUUUGAGAUGAGUGCCUUCUCUCCAAA